AUGACAAUUUUAGAACAAGGUUCUACCAUAUUGGAAGGCGGGCUCAGAAGGCGGUCUGUGGGGGUUGCCCAACUCCAAGUAGUCAAAUGGGGUGUGCAUCCAACCACGACUGACGCUAGUUCUGCUCUGCGCCAGGACAAAAUCUACAAGGAAGACCCGGAAGGGGCUGUAGAUGUACCUGACUUUGCCUGGGACGACACUACUGACUGGACUUCCGGGCAACUUGAAGCAUUAUGGGAAGACGUGAUUGAUAUCUAUAGAGAGGCGGCGGAGUGCGAUGAGCACGGCCAAGAUGAGAACGCUUGGGGCACUGGGGUGAUCCUACAGGUCCUAAGAAGGGGUCUUAAACGACACCCUACGCUCCAGGUCAAACCUGUGUCAGUCUCAAGGUUUCUCCUAAAACCUCUAGUAUAUCUAUUGAUUUUCAGCUCCAGACAAACCCAGGCAAUCGACCAUAGCCUCCUUCCACGUACACCGCAUCAGGUCCUGGUAAAUAAAAAGAUUGACUUCACGAUUGCGUUUGCCCUUCGGGACCGACGUGUGAAGGCGGUCUAUGAUGCCUUCAUCAGCGCUUCACCAGACCAGACGGUUAGUCAAACAACAGACCCAUUCACGAAGCGCGUUGCUCUCUUCUCUGGAACUGAAGUGAAACAAUCCGAUGGUAGCAGCAUGGAGGCACUCGUGCAACUCUCCAUUUGGCUUGCUGCCGGGCUGGAGAAACUAUUGCAGCUACGUAAUCUUCAAGGGCAGGAGUUUGAUCUCUUGCCAACCGUAGGAUGGACGGUUAUUGGGCAUGAGUGGAACUUAUACGUUGCCUUUAGGGGAUGUUUUGAGGGACAGGACAGAAUUUAUAUCGACGGACCCACAGAGGUUCUAAGCGCCACUACACGGACGUAUUACGGGAUAUUCAAGUUGAUAGACCUUGUGCACAGAGUUUCCGUGUAUGCUGAAGAGGUGUAUUGGCCGUGGCUGAGCGCUAAGAUACUCAUGCCCCUCAACACAGCAGGACAUUGA